CUUGUAAGCCCUGCCCACCAGGUGGCCGUGGAAAGUCUGUAGUUUCUUACGAACACAAGAGUACAGCUCUCUUCUAAUCAAGAGAAAAUCUGGAAUAAAACAUGUGUCCUGUCGUUAAUAUGUAACGAAAUAAAUACUAAAGGGUGUUAUCGCGGCGGGUCAUCGAAGACCCGGAGGAACGCGUGUCUUCGCGGUGGUGUAAUACCGUUUUUCAAAUAAUACUAAAUAUUACAAAUAAAUAGAGGCGAGAAAAAGAGUCAAGAAACGGGAUACGGUAAAAUUAACAAGCGAGAGGAGACAAAAAAACGGAUAAUAUUAAAUAAACCGAGCGUAAACCUAGUUGAAUUGUAUAAAUAAAUAGCGUAAGGUAUCAACGUUGAAUAAGAGUGUUUAAUUUGACUAGCCGACGUCAGCUGGUCUUCGGUGUGAGAGAACCAAGUUAGAAAUGGCGGCGCUGGUGGCAGGUGUCCAGUAUGGUUUGUCAUCGCAUAGUAAUUUUCAUGAAAAUAAGUCGUUAAUAUUUGUGAAACUGACCGAUUCUGCGUACCGGGCGAUCGAGGACUACCUUCGCAAUAGGAAUAAGACGAGCGACAACCCUACCAUACAGUUCCUAGGAAACGAAGGACAACUCUGCUUUCCGUCGUCACAAUCCAGCCAUGGAACAGCGGGAUUUACAUUCAGCCUUUCCGGCAAUCAGGACAUCGAGGGCCCACAGGGCAGUUUUGAAUGCAUACAACAGACCGGAUCCAAGAGUUUGGAAAGCCUUGGUACGCUGCCAUGUAAAAUGCGCAUACAGGCGAAGGAUGACGUGUACGAGGCAACCAGGCAUCGCAUGGCUGUUGCCGAAGAAAAUCACAAAAACAAAUGUACACGAGUAAUAAAAGCAAAUGGGCCAGACAUCGGACGGAAGGUCAAAGUCAAAGUAAAAGUCGGGUCGGGAAGAACUAUUCCACCAUCAGCACCCCCCAGGGCAAGAGAACCACCAAUGACUGUAUCAAACCCCUCCAACAUCAUACCGCCAUCAUCUACUACUCAAUCUCGCCUUUCUUCGUACAAACCUACCCCUAGCAACAAUGCAGCCCCUGCAGCUCGUGCUCAACCUGAGAAAAAAAUGUCCGAUAUCAUGCGAAGACCUCUGAAAGAAAGACUUAUACACCUCCUUGCUUUGAGGCCAUACAAGAAGCCCGAGUUGCACGAGCGCAUCCACAGAGAGGGUGUGAGAGAUCGAGAGAAGAGUAUAAUUUCAACGGUGCUCAAGCAGGUAGCUUACAUGCGGGACAAUACUUAUCACUUACAGCGGCAUGUAUGGAAUGACGUUCAGGAAGAUUGGCUUUUUUACACCGAACAAGAAAAGGCAAUGCUUAAACGCCGUAAGCCACAGAAUCUGACCCCGCCGGGUUCCAGCGACGGUGGAUCUUGUGGUAGCGGCCAAUCGCCGAACUCUACUCAUCCGGGAUCACCACCAGGUAUAACGGCACCACCUCCAAGUAUAAUGAGCUCGAAGAGACCAGGGUACUUCCAAGGUAACGACGGUCUCCCGACCAAGAAACCCCGGAUAUCUCACUACCGUAAAACAGAAACCAGUAGUUCUGCGACAACCAGUAAUUCAACGACUCCUGCUGACAACGGAAGGACAACAGGUGGUGGUGUAGUUGGUGGUGGUAAUGGUGGUAACAACGGCUGGGACCAGAGGCAACAACGCGAACGGGAUUAUCGUGCCGAGAGAACAAACAGUGAAGUGCUUCGAGGCAGCUAUGGUGCCAGCAAAUCGUGCCUGACACCGUCCAGUGACUGUGAGGAAGUUCAUAGCGCGCAUAGCAAUCUAAACAGCCAUAAUUCGCAUAGUAGUCUAACCCAUAAUAACGUUUUAAAUAACCAUAAUGGUAACAGUAACAAAUCGAGCAGUGGUGAUAUUGGUGUUGUGAAUUUUGUGCGAGGGAGUGGUUCGAGCUUCGGGGGCAGCCCAAGUGCGAGUGACAGGCGAGAUCGAGAUGACCGAGGGAGAGAAAAAGAAAGGGAAAGGGAGCGUGAGAGGGAACGGGAAAGGGAGAGGGAACGAGAGAGAGAAAGGGAGCGGGAGAGGGAACGGGAGAGAGAAAGGGAGCGUGAAAGAGAACGAGAGAGAAGUGUAAAUAGUGGCUCUUGUAAUUUCGAAGUUACGACUCACAGUGGCAAUAGUUACACCGGAAAUACAAGUGGCAAAUCAGGGCAUGUUGACUCCACAACUGGUCGUGGAUCACCACCGAGAUCGGAUACCAAGACCUCUGAAUACCCGGACUACCUCACGUACUACACGACAAUCAGCAGCAACGAGCAAAGAAAACGUUACAAGGCAGAGUUCAACGCGGACUAUGAAGAGUACAGGCGCUUACACACACAGAUGGCCAAGGUUUCGAGGCGAUUUGCUCAGCUCGAGGAACUAUUAAAGAAAGAGAGUAAAGCUGGAAACGAAGCUAGAUACUUGGAAAUCAAGAGUCAAAUUGUGUCCGAGUAUAACGACACCAAAAAUGAUUCGAUUCAUCAGCAGACCAAAAGGCAAUUUCACUAUCUCCACGACAAACUGAGUCAUAUAAAGCGACUGGUUCUCGAAUACGAUUCUCAAAAUGGCAGUGGGGGUGGAGGAAGUAUGCACUACUGACACAAGGUGAAACGCUCACCCUUCCUACUCUUCUCGGUUGUUAAUACGCUGCUGUCGACGUUAUUGCCAAGUGUGCAUUUUCUCGGCAAACUCCAAGGUUAACUAAAAUUGUUCCUGACGAGACGUCCCCUGAAGAUACCGCAGGGCGGUUUGAGCUGAAACAUGAAAUCAGCUCGACUUACCCCCGGAAUGCUCAUUACUUUCAUAUUUGAUCUAACAAUAAAGCAAAGGCCAUAGAUUCUGCUCAACUGUCCAUUAAACAGCGGAUCCACUCGUAUAGGCAAUUAUGGCAAGGUUUUGAUAUUCGAUUGACAAUGAAUCUUUGUUAGAACUGGGUACAUACUUCACGAAGCAAUUACUAAAGCAUGGAAGACAAUCCUAACAUAUAUUGGGGGAGAGAAGAAAAGAGAGAAAGAGCUUUGUCCUGCAUCGAAUUAGCUGCGUCAACACGUCCAAGACUGUCCAGAGAUACAAAAAAUAGUAAGCUAUUGACUAAUACAGUACGCACGUCCAAAAGUGUCCAGUAGUUAUGUGAGCGAGAUAGUCUGAGAACGAGGCUAGUGGAAGAUUGGAGCAUUUCAGCCAAACAAAAAGUUAAAACUUGAAAUCUACCAGAGGAACAAUCCUUUCAGAUUUAUCAUUCAGACUUACAAUUCAGACAUUUUUUUUUAUAUAAAAAAAAAUUUUACAAAAAAAAAAUAUAUCAAAAAUUUAGGUAUUUAACUUUACCAUAUCAACUUGAUCAAAGAUCCAAACAAUAGCUGACUACUAAAAGUAAUCGAGGACCUUCUCGUUGCUUUGUCCUUUUUUUCCUUAACGUUGAUGAACUGAAGUGCGGUACAUCUGGUAAUGACAAGGCUACAGUUCUCCUUUAAGAGAAGAAAAUUAGGUAACGGAUGAAAUCACACAAGAGCUACGCCCUCCACUCCGUAUCAUGGGAUAGAAUGAUGAAGUUUAUAUGUAACAAAGUACUUUGACACGACAGACGCUGAAAUUCCGAAGCCGCUGGCUCAGCCGCCAAAUGCCAAACUAAGAGUUAAAACAAAGUAAUCCAUUAAACUAAUUAGUGAAUUCCAAAUGGAAGAAUUGUCUUAAAAAUAAAGAAACAUACUCGGAAUCUCUUGAAUCCGCCUGAGGAAAAGGGAAAUCAACGAUUGACUAAUACAAAUAAGAACAAAGCUUGUGAUUUGUGUCCAGAAUGUGUAUAUUGAGUAAUAUAAAUAUUUUAAUAAUUUUAACGAUAGUAAGUAAUAAAUAAUAAUAUUAAAUUUAAUUCAUAACAACCUUGGAAAAAAACAAAAAAAAAUAAUAAUAUCAGCUUAGUUUAACGAUUGAUCAUUUGAUGAUGUAUAUGUACAGGCAAACCGUGAUGUUUCACUUAUAAAUUUUACUUUGUUACAUAAUUAUUAUUACAACUACUACUAUUAUCAUUAUUAUCAUUAUUUUCAUUAUCAUUAUUAUUAUUAUUAUUAUUAUUAUUAUUAUUAUUAUUAUUAUUAUUGUUUGGAUAAAAGUUCAGUAGUUGGUAUAUUUAUCACAGAAAACUGGAAGUAAGUGAACGCUGUGAUGAACAUCGAUCACACUUUGUGCCAAAUAUUAAAGAGUAGACCAUUAUUUUCAAAGAAAUGAGCAAAAAAAGUUUCGAAUAGAAGACGAAAUUAUCAAACCUUUAAUUUUGGUUAUCAAUCAUUAAUAUUCCACUAUUGUACGUCCACCUGGUAUCAUAUCUGGGAUAAAUAGAUAUAAAUUCACUAGAAAAAUCUGUCCGGAUACCAACAUCACAGGGUGUUACUUUUGUGUCGUUCUAUGUGCAUCCAAAGUAUUUACUCUCUUCUCUGGUGUUCUGUGGUAUUAUAGGGACGCAGGCCCACAAUAAGAUAAUACGCAAGAUAGAUACAAAUGACAAAAUAGUUUUCAAGGGUAAGCUGGCCUUUCUUUCAUUGUGUUGUCAGAAUUGUGAAGUGCUCCUUAUUUUUAUCUAGCUAAUAUAGCUGGUUGUGAAGGAAAAUCGUUUUUGGAAACUUUGAAAAUGUUUUGACAUUUCAAUUUGUUGAAGAUUUUCCGGUUUUCUACACUCAUUUUUUUGUUGAUUUUAUUAUAUUUUAUUUAUAGAAUUUCCCGAGGUUGUCAGAACCUGUGUACAUAUGUCACGUAUACAAUGAAUUAUUACAAAAUAUCCAAUACCAGUGUUGAUUGGAAUCAGAACCUUUUUUGCUAAUUUAUAAUAUUACUUGAUUGUAACAUUGAAAACAGCUGAAUCAAAUUAUUGACUGUGUUUCUACGUUUAAUUUCACUUUUACGAUUGUCAUGUAAAUGACAAUCAUCAUGUGUACGGCCAGCUUAGCCUAGUAAGCUUUACGAAUAACGACGAUGAUUACAAAAGAGAAAUGUUACGUUACUCAAAUUUUAGUAUGUUAAAUAAUGGUGUUUACGUUUUAAUUAAACAAAAACAAAGGUAAAAAAAAACCAAUGUUAUAUUGAGAUGCUGCUACAUCACAAAAAUUUGACGUUUGUUAUACUAUUUUAUUACGGCAGUGUCUGCUCAAUACCCAAUUCAGAGGAUAAUUGACUUAAGAAAUGUCGAAAAUCUUUUUUUUUCAUACCGUAGAGCAAACAAUGAAAUCGCAUGAAAAUGUAUGGCACAGUGCUUUAACGUGUGUACAGAGUAAUAAAUGAAUUCAAACGAUGAGAAAAAAUUGAAAAAAAAAAAUAAAAUAAGUAAAAAAAAAACAUUUAACGAAAUUGAGUUCGCUCAUAACGUUAUUGAUAAAAAUAUAUAAAAAAAUAAACAACAAAAAGAAAAACGACGGAAGAACUACAAUAUAUGUAUCAGUCACCAAGUGUAUAUGGGAGAAAAACAGCAAAAAAUACAAAUUAAAAAAAAAAAAUUAAAUAAUAAUAAUAAAAUAAAUAAAUAAAUAAACAAAGUAAACAAUAAUGGGUGCAUAAUAAUAUAUUCUCUUGAAGGGUUACUUUAAUUCGUAAUUUUUGCAUUGCAAGUUAAUAAAACACUAUUGAAACAAGAAAAUAUCGUCUUUGAUUUAUCUACAACUGUACAUCUAUCUUUUCAAUAAGGAAUCGUGCUUUGCGAAAGGGAUUUUAACUACAGCGCGUUACUCGAUUUAUUUAUUUAUUUUUUUUUUUUUCUCUUCAUAUGUCUCGACUCUGACGUAAAUUGCGAUCGACGGAUCCCUCAAAAUUUCCGAAGAUAUUUCUAUAAUAAAUUCGCUAGUCAACACCUACGACACUGUGUCAUACAUGGUAAUUAUAGGCUUUGAAAGAUCGAUCUUAAUAAAUAAACUAGUUACCACAAUUACACAUACCCUGUACCAGUCAACACUCAUCGCAACCCGUUUGUACAACGAAUGAUCCGGGCAGCUUUAAAACCGACGAGUAAAAAGUAAAAAACAAGAUCAGAAUUCGGAAUCAGUACUGUAGAUUAUUUCGUAUUACAUUAUUAGGAUUAUUAUAACUAUUACCAUUAUUAGAUCAUUAUUGUUAUUAUACGGGAUAAAGCGGCACAACUCCGGUAGCUUGGAACAAAUUGAUGAGAAAAACAGUGAUAAUUAAAUACCUGAUACAAUGGCGCGUCGUCUGUAAAAGAAAGCAAGAAGAAGAGAAAAUGAUCUUCCGAAAGGAUAUAGUUUGACACGUUCAACGUUUGCUAAAAUUUAUUUUCGUUUCUCGACCAAAAAUCGAAUUAUCUUCUAAUAUUUUUUCUCCAGUAUACCAUUAUUGUUACCAUUAUUAAAGCGCUGCUAGCACAGGGCAUCAUCGAAUCGGGUAGAAUUUUCUAUACUUGAAACGUGUUCAAUUUUUGAAAUGCUGUCCUCCGGAUGUUAUGUCUAUUCGAAAAAGCCACGAAAAGUCGUACAACUUCGUUAAAAUCGAAAAUAAAUGAAAAGUUUUAGUGUUUAAUAAUAUCUAUAACUAUAUCACUGUUGUGUUUUUGAAUACGGUUUAGUUUUCGGCAUCUAUAAAUUAGGUACUAUUAUAAAAUGCAAAUUUUCUUAGACAAAUGAUCAAGUGCUAAUUUUUAGAGACAGAAUCUUAGAAGUUAUGAUGCGAUUGCGCGUAUUGCACAGACAAUUAAACAAAAAUAUGAAGCGUACCAGAAAAUGAGAGUACCGUGGUUUGUCAUUUCGUUUAUCACAAAAUAUAAACGAAAUGAUAUUUUAUCAAUAUAUUCCGACCACCAAGACUUCUGAAAAAUUCGAACCCGAAUUUCAUCACAAUAAUCGAAAUAUGAUCGAUAACAUAUACAUAUUAAAUAUAAAAUGAAUUAUAUAUUAUUCAAAUAUCACUUAUAUUCAAUUCAGAUAUUGUUUUUCUGUGCGUGUGAUGUCGGUUUUCCUCAUUAGAAUUCCGUGUAGAGAGAAAAAAAAGUAAUUGCAAAAUAGGGGAGGACAGGGGUGUGCUGGUGCGUGCCAUUGGUGUUAUUAUGUCUCUGACCAUUAUUGCUAUUCAUACAGCUAUUAUCAUUAUUAUUAAUCUUCUUCUUAUUGUUAUUAUCAUUAUUAUUAUUAUCACUGUUAUUAUUGUGAUUAUUAUUACUUUACCACUACUAUAUUGGUGUCAUUAUUUCCGUUAUUACAUUAAAAUGCAAAAUUCUACCCUGUACUUUACUCGUCAGACACAUUUUAUACAUAACAUUACUAAAAUAUAUUCGUUAAGACUUAUAGAACCUAUGCAUAUAAUUAGCAUUUUAGAAUUUUAUGUGCCUGAGUUAUAAAAGCUCGCUGCAUCUAGUGUACCGCGUGUUUAAAACUGAAAACCAGUAUAUCUUAUCGAACGAAAAACGAAACAUCAGAAAACCAUCGCUCUUCUAACAGUUUCCAAAAUUGUUUUUGGAUUUCAUUCCCUUUUCGAGUUACCGCCAUUGACUUGCUUAUGAUAUUGAUCUUCCUCUGUGGAACCUUGAUGAGAAUCCCAAUCGAACGAAGAGUUUAAUUAUUUCCAAAAUUGAAUCAAAAAUAACAAAUAAUUUGUACAUAUAUAUACGUGCCUAAUGUAUUAAAGUGCCAAUAUUAAUAAUCUAUAUUUCUUUCAUUUUUCCAACGUGCGUUAUAACGAGUUGUAUGUACGUACGUGUAGGGAAAUGUUAUAAUCACUUGAACUCUUCGGUAUAUUGAUAUUUUUUGUUCAACUAGUUGAAAUUGAAAACGCCUCGUUUACACGUCUCCAUUUUUUAAUUAGAAAAAUUUAUCUAUUUCUCAUGCGUUUUGUGAGAAAACGAAUAUACGCGGUUCAAGCUCUUAGAAUUAAAGGGAGAAAAUAUUGCUGGCCACAAUCAAUGAAAAUUUGUACAUUUUAUUUUUAUUAAUUUAUCAAGCUAUUUAUAUGUAUUGAAUUCGAUGUAAAUUUCUUGCCACAGUUUUUCCCGUAUUAUUUUGUAACAAAGAGAGUAAUGAAAUUUGCGACGAUAAAAAAUACAAACAUAAGUUCUUUGCAAAAAUAACUGAAAGUGAGUAUUCUUACAGGUACCUAUAACGUACAAUAAAUCGUAAGGGAUCAUCCACACUCGUAAAAGUGUUGAAUUUAGACAAUUUCUAGAACGAAAAAAUUAGAAAUGAAACCAUUGAAAGAGGGAAAUAAAAAUAAUGAAAACUGCAAUUAGCUAAUCUAGAUAUAUCUGAUGUAGAAGAAUGAUGUUUUGAUCGUGAGGAAUCAUUGUGAAGCAUUGAAAGAACUGUAUGAAAUUUGUAGCUUGUAGGUGAAUAAAGAAGAGAGUGACAGUGGGAAAAAAUAAUUGACGAAAACGAACAGCUCGCAACUAGCAUGCCCCUUCUGUUAAUUUUUUUAUAAGUAAUUAUAUAAUGUAAAUUUUAGUAAUAAUAUGUAUAUUAUUAUGAUGUACCAUUUACCAAGUCAAGUGCAUUAAGUAGUUAAUAAUCCAUAGAAAAUUGAAUGCAUGUAUACAUACUAUAGUAUUUAUGUAUACUAUACGCGUAUUCGGUAUAUGUAUGUUCGAUUACGCAGAAAGAACGCAACCGACAGUAGUAUACAUAUGUAUAGCAAUUACAUUGAUGCGCGUUCAAUUAACGAUUAUUGGUCGGCAGCUACCCUUUCUGCGUGACCACGGCCAAUAAUUGUUGCGUGUAAACACUCAAGUCGAUAUUCCGUACGGGAUUAUGUGUUUAUCAAAACAGCGUUCAUUUUUAAAAUAAAAAAUAUUGUUAAUUAAUUUGCAAAGAAUUCAAAGGGAGAAUUAAAAAAAAAAUUCUAUUCCCUCACAAAAAGCAGUUAGAUUUUUCAACAUCUGUUAAUUCUUAUCGUCUCCUAUUGUUGGUUUCUUAUUGGCAUUUACCCAUACGAUCAUUUUCUUUGAAUUAACCACUGGACGCAUGAAAUCGAAUAAAGAAUUGAAAUUCUAAUCGUAUGCCACGAUUGCAAUUGAAUGAAUUUUUGCUAGUCGUUAAUUCAAAAAUGAUAAUUUCCAAUAUCUGACUCGCUUAGCCUUUGGAGUUGAACUAGCA